GUUGUUUCUCACAAGAAGCUCGACUCACCGGUGCUCAGAGCCUGUCAGGUUCGACAGUCAGCACACAGGAUGUAAAGGAUGUAGUACCAUGUGUUUUGAUACUCGACUACUUCCUUCCAACUCGGUUUUAACGUACUUAACGUACCAGCCAUUAGGUACAACGGUUUGAUUUUUGCGCAAAUUCGGUCCGGUUUUGUUUUGUGUAUUGGCAGUGAAAUUUUGGUGAAAAUUCGUGGUUUUUCUGGUUCAGUUUGGAUGUUUCAGUGAGGAUCACAUGUCAACAAACGACUACACGACAAAAUGAAGACACACCUGCUAAUCACCACAUAUCUGGCAAUUCUAACCCCCCACACCUUCGGCGAUCUAGUGGAAGAUUAUGUGAAACACGUGGAAAAAGUGAACAGUCAAAAAACAGACAAAUUUCGGACUUUCAGUGAAUUUGAUCGGGCUUCAGAACUUAGAGGAAGAUUGAGGAGUAGACGUAGAAGACACGCGUUUGAUCCUGAGUUAGAUCAGUGGACUCAUUCGGAAGUGCUGGACAAGGAAGGCGCUGUAGUACUCAGAUGGCAGCCUAGGCACCAGGAGAUUCUGUUCAGGGUUGAGGCCAGGACUAGGGGAUACAUUGGGAUAGGUUUUAGCCCCAAUGGAGGCAUGGAGGAUGCUGAUAUCGUCAUAGGUUGGGUUGACGACAGGAAUGGAAGGGCUUUCCUACAUGACUGCCAUGGAGUGCCCAAGGGGCAAGGGUCCUCCCCGAUCAGGGACGAAGUAGACAACUACACCCUGGAGAAGGGGAUGCAGAACGAAACCCAUACAGUCCUGGAGUUUCGAAGGGCCUUGGACACUUGCGACAUUCACGAUUAUGUCUUGAAUGCUGAUACAGUCAGAGUGAUAUGGGCCAUGAGAGAAUCGGACCCUCAAUUCGAAGGAGACAUGGUCUACCACGGCGAAUCCAGAGGCUCCCAAAGCCUCCAUCUCCUUGGUCCUCCGCCGGUCAAGCGUACAGAGAAUAGAAACGUCAAAUACUGGGACAUAACCCUAGAGAACUUUGAGGUGAAGCCCAACAUGAACACGAUAUACUGGUGCAAAGUUUUCAAAGCGCCUCAGUUGGACAGUAAACACCACAUCAUUGGUUACGAGCCGCUCAUAGGACCAAACCACACUAACUUCGUGCAUCACAUGAUCGUCCACGAGUGCCAGUUGGGGCCGAAUGGUAACAACCAAAGAUGGGAAGCCUUCGCUCAGCAGACUGGUCAAUUAUGCUACGGUCAACACAUGCCACUCGAGUGGGACAAAUGUCUAACUCCCCUAGUAGCAUGGGCGAUAGGAGCUAAAGGAGAGAAUUUUCCUCCAGCCGUUGGGGUACCAAUAGGUCAACAGAGGAACUCGUACUACAUGCUGGAGAUCCAUUACGAUAAUCCCCAGAUGAAGAAAGCGAGAGAUACGUCGGGGUUAAGGCUGCACUACACGAGUGAACUGAGGCCCAACGACGGUGGAAUCAUGAUAGCGGGGGUGGCUCUGUCUAACUUGCACUUCAUCCCUCCAAAGCAGAAGGAAUAUAAGACAGCUGGGUAUUGCAGCACGGAGUGUACUAGAGAGGUCUUUCCAAAAGAAGGUGUGAACGUGGCUUCUGUGAUGCUGCAUUCCCACCUGGCUGGAAGAAAGUUGAAGCUUCGCCACAUCAGGGCGGGAAAGGAACUGCCUCCAUUAGCUCAGGACAACCACUACGACUUCAACUACCAACAAUCCAGGGCUCUCUUCCAAAACGCAGUGAUACUACCAGGAGAUGGUCUCAUAACCGAAUGCUCUUACUCGACGGUCGACAGGACACAACCAACACUGGGAGGAUACUCAACCAAAGAAGAAAUGUGCCUAGCUUUUAUCCUGCACUACCCAAGAACCGAAUUGGCUGGAUGUUACUCAAUGCCACCAAUCCAGUACUUCUUCCAAAACCUAGGGGUCAAGGAAUUCUACGGAAAAAAUAUGACAGAAAUUGAGACUUUGUUCCUUCAGGGAGGGAGUGACACAGCCCAAUCCACUUCUACAACCACCAGUCCACUAUUCGGCUACAGUCCAGGAGACGAAAUGUCACCAGAGGCCAACAGGAGGGCUGUGGUGGCCUUGCAGAACGCCAGAGAUUACAGCAUAGACCUGCACAGUCAGCAGAGUAGGAACUUGUUCGAUGAGCUUAUAAUAAAGGAGCCUCAGGAGUUCCAAAAUAAGAGUUUCACCACCCACCUACAGAAUAUCCCGUAUAGCGAACCUCUGUUGACGAAGAAAAUGGAGGAGUAUUUCUAUACGGGGCUGCACUUGACCUUCUGCAGGAAGAGGGAUGAUUCUCUAGCUAUUAAAGAGACAGUAGAAAAAUUCCCGAAUUUCUCUGUAUACGUGAACAGGGAGAAACAGAGCCAGUGCAGUUACAGAAACAGGAAAACUGUAAUGGUGGCAGGUUCUUCCACAAGCUUCAGACCAAAUAUUAUUUUAGGAUUUUUAUUUAUUGUAUGUAGCGUUGUAAUUUAUUUCUAGCUGUUGAAUGUUGAAUAAAAUUGUACAUAAUUGA